UCCAAAUACAUUUCACAGGCUUUUGCAGGAUGUUUCUAGUAUAAAAUUAGUCUACAUGAGACGCUCAUUUGUCACAACUAAAAUGGAGUUUUGAUAUUUAUAAAGUUGUGGUCGAGCUUUUCUUUAUCUGAACGUUGUGACAAAGAAAGUAACGGUAGCGUACACAUUUAGCGUGGUUUAUUUAUUUUUAUUUUUUUAAAGAUUACAGUAACGUCAGCUUCCACGAUGGAUCGGGACAGAGCUAGUCCCUCCACCAUGCCGGGGUCCCCUGGUCACAACUCUCCCGGUAGCGCCUUACUGCUGGGUCUGAAGAGGGAGUCUGUGCGGCUGGUCGACUGCAGGAAAACACCAGGGCAGAGUGGAACUGUGAGAGAAGGACACGAGGAGGGAGAUGGAGAUUUGAUUUCAUCAAGGGACACACACCGUUGUUCUCUCAGUGGGAGGGGCUUAUCAUCUGGUGAGCCUCAACAACAUCCUGUUGCUGACGAGACAGAGAAGAGUCUCUCCAGAUCAGAACAUCUCAAGAAACACCAGCAGGGACGUACAGGGAAGAAACCUCACCACUGCUGCUCUGACUGUGGGAAGAGUUUCACAAGCCAGAGUGGCUUCAUUAUUCACUGUGAUCAGUGUGGGAAGAGUUUUGCUGCAUCUAACACCUUCAAAUCUAAUGUAAGAAUUCAUACAGGGGAGAAGCCUUACCUCUGUCUUGAUUGUGGGAAAAUCUUUGUUAGUGCAAGAGCCUUAACCGUACACCAGCGUGUACACACUGGAGAGAAGCCUUAUAGCUGUGAUCAGUGUGGAAAGAGCUUCAAUCAGUCAUGCCACCUGACUACACACCAGCGUGUACACACAGGAGAGAAGCCUUAUAGCUGUGAUCAGUGUGGAAAGAGCUUCAAUCAGUCAUGCCACCUGACUACACACCAGCGUGUACACACAGGAGAGAAGCCUUAUAGUUGUGAUCAGUGUGGGAAGAGCUUUGCUGUAUCAGUAAACCUUACUAGACACCAGCGAAUACACAUAGGAGAGAAACCUUAUAGCUGUGGUCAGUGUGGAAAGAGCUUUGCUCUAGCUUCCACCCUGACUACACACCAGCGAACACACACUGGAGAGAAACCUUAUAGUUGUGGUCAGUGUGGAAAGAGCUUUGCUGCAGGUUCCACCCUGACUACACACCAGCGAACACACACUAGAGAGAAGCCUUAUAUCUGUGUUCAGUGUGGGAAGAGCUUUAAUCAGUCAGGGACCCUGAAAUCACACAAGCUAACACACGCUGGUGAGAAAGAAGCCUUAUUCCUGUGAUCAGUGUGGGAAUUGUUUCAGUCAGUUAUGGACCCUUUAUUCACACCAGUGAACACACACUGGAGAAGGAACCUUAUGUCUGUCUAUGUGGGAAGAGCUUUGUUAAUUUAGGGCCAAUGAGAAAACACCAGAAACACAAACUUGCUGUAUUUCAUCUCCCUCCCUUCUGGAACCGGUUCCAGAUCCCUAAAUAAAGGAUCAGUAGAAAACAUCCAGUGAACAGUCAUAUCCAUCUCCCAUUCUUAAACAGUUGCCUCAGUCUGAUCACCAUGGUAACCUCUGGAGCAUAAUAUGCAGCUCUGAUCUGGGAUCAGGUCUCCCCUGUGUCUAUGUAUUAUCACACAUUGAUCUAAAUGGAUAAAUGUUAUCAUAAAAUGUUAUAGGGAACCUGUGUGUUUGUGUGUGGGAGGGAUGUUGAUAAUUGUAUCUUCUUUCAUAUACUCAUGAUACUAUUAUUAUUAAAUGUCAUGAGGAAUAAUGUUUCAACAAUAGGUGUAUAUUAAUGUAUUCAAUUGAUCAAUACAUUCAAUCCAUUAUCUUCUAAACAAGAAGUUAUCACUUAAAUUGUGUAUUUUAUAUAUCUGUAUUGAUUAAAAUGAUCCUAAAUCUAAAUCUAAUUAUUUCCAUGAGUUCAAGGCAAGAACUAUGCAUACUGUGUCUUGUAACAACGGUUAAUGUAAUAACUUUUAGAUUUAUAAUGUAAUAAAACCGGUAAAUGUAAUAUUUUGUUGGUUUAUAUGAUAAAAUGUUGAAUUGUUGUCGUAAUAACCUUUUCCACUUAAUGUAAUAAGUUAUUGGUAUCAGGUAACAACAGUAGUGCAGAAGGUGUUGUAUGCUGAGGCAGUGAAGAGAGUAGUAGAGGAAGAUUGGUCCAGGGUGAGGGAUCCUGAGAGGAUCCCUGUGAUUAGGCCGAGGUCACUAAAGAGUGACAGGAAAUGCUUCAGUAAGAUAAAAUUUUUGGGCGUUCAUGGCCAUGGUUGUCAA